AUGUUUAAUCUUCAAACAAUCUGUAAGAGAUGUUAUCAGCUUCCAAGUAAAGCUGGAGCUAAAAAAUUAAUAAAAGUUUAUCCACCUUUAACACCAAAACAUGCAUCAUUUUCCAAGAUUAUGCAGAAAUUAUCAGAAAAACAUUUGAAUACAAAAUUAGAUACAACUGAAGAAAAGAGGAAGUUAGUUCAAAACUUAAGAGCGGGGGAUGUUGUACGUAUAACAGCAAAUAACUCAUAUAAUAAUUUUGUUGGGUAUGUUUUAGGCGUUAAAAGAAAUUUCAUGAAAGAAGAUACAAUGGUUGUCUUAAGAAAUCAAAUCGGUAAGAAUUAUGUUAAUGUACGACUACCUAUAUUUAGUCCAAAUAUUGAAAGGAUUGAUGUUAUUCAAAAACAAAAAUUGAAAUUGAAGAACGGUAGACAGCCAAGAAAGCAUAAUUUCAUUCAAGGAACAAAGAUAGAUACUGGUUCAAUUGAAAGAAGAAAAUGA